GGCGAGAAUAAGUCCAAAUGCAUGUAGAAUAUUGUGUGGGGGAGCGAGACUCUCUAUGUGUGUGUGUGUGUGUGUGUGUGUGUGUGUCCCUCGCUCGCUCGCCCCCCGACGACAGCGCACGCGAGCAGUUGGAGAAAUGUGGAGCGCGCAUUCGAAGUGGAGGACAACGAAGUCGAAACCAAUGACGUCAAGGGCGCGUUCAACACCACGCGGCGAAAUCGUUUAUGGCCGACGCAGAGCACAAGGUGGGCGAUGGACAGGUGGGCGAUGGACGCAGCAGAACAGACAAAAGUAAUCGACGGAGGGCAUCAUCCCACGUGGCGUCUUCUUACGUGGCAUCGUCCCACGUGGCAUCGGCCCCCAUGUCGAAGGUGGUCAAGAUGCGAUGCCUACCGUCCUCCCCCGAACACAACGCACCCUCAUUUUGGCGGUAUCUGGCCGAAAAUAUAGCUUGUAUACAUUCAUUUUGAGGGUGCGUUAUGUUCGGGGGAAGACGGUAGUGCGGAACGACGAGCGUCAAUGAGUGACGUGGACGAGUUCAAGGGGGGGUCUACAGCAGGCCACGUGUCAUCAGAGCAGGAGCCCAGGAUCGUCGUCAGAAGAAGGUCAUCCAGAGCCCUGUCAGAAGAAGAAGCGGUUCAGCUAGUAUACGUGAGAGGGCGAGAUGGAAGCAGCAACCGUCGACACGUGGCAGCUUCCGGUCAUGCAGACGUGGCAACUGCUGGUCAUGCUGACGUGGCACCUUCUGGUCAUGCUAAUGUGGCGCCUGCUGGUCAUGCUGAUGUGGCGCGAGCUGGUCUUACUGAUGUGGCGCGUGCUGGUCAUGCUGACGUGGCACCUGCUCGUCGUGCUGACGUGUCACGCGCUGGUCGUGCUGACGUGUCACGUGCUGGUCGUCCUAACGUGGCACCAGCUGGUCGUGCUAACGUGGAAGUGGAUGACGAUAGGAGAAGCAGCCUGACCUACUCGGACCUAUCGGACACCCAGUCUCAUCAUCCUCCAUAUCCCGACCGCAAUAUGGAUCGAGACCGGUUUCGCAAUUAUGGCGGUCAUCGGGGUACCUAUCGCCGCCGUCGGGAUCUCGAUGAUUCCUUUGGUGGUUCCGACGAGGAUAUGCGUAUCGGUCGGGAUAAGGAUAAAGAUCUGUAUCGGGAUCUGGACAAGGGUAGGGAUGUGGUUACAGAGCCGAAGAGGAGGGUGUACGUGACCCAAGCCAUGGCGGGCGUUCUGUUAGCGCUGGGAAUGGACAUGCUGCAAGAGGAGGAGGAGUACACAGCGAUGCUUGGGAGAGUGGAUGAUGACGAUGGGAUCCAGGUCAUCAGACUACCACCACUGCUUGCGGAUGCCGAUGGGGAUGCAGAAUCGGGGUUUCAGCGAGGGUCUGAGCCAGACGGGCUGAUUUUAAGAAGAGUGACUGAGGGAAUGUCACAUGCUGGCUUACGCUUACACCCCCGCAAUAAUGCUGAGAAGAAGGCCCUUACUGUGCUUCGCAGGCGUGGCUGUUCUGUCAAUAAAUCAGAAACCAGAGCCUUUGAAGUGGGAAAAGUGGAGCAUGUCGUCGGACCGGAAAGAAGAAAAAGUGAGCUGGUGAACAUUUUGACAUCAGGGGCAUCCUGGGACCUCCUUCAUCGCUCCAAGAUCAGAGGGGUAGUGAUGUACCCACAAAUGAUUUGCCUGAGGCUGUUCAACAAGGACCUGCUGUGGGCACUCAGCGAUGCCAUUGUCGAGUAUAACGAAGAUAGACAGAUAGAGCCUUCUUCCAUGCUGAACCGGAUGGAAAGGAAGGCAUGUUUGUCCACCUGCGAAUGUCCACUGACAGCAUACCAGGGAGAAACUGUGGACAGAGUGGCAGCAGCUUGUUCCAUUCAAGCAGCAUGGAGGGCAUAUCAGGCAAUGGAAGAUGAAAAGAGGAUGGAAUGGAGAUUGGCAGUGAUGAGGGAGAAGAAAAGGAGAGUGGACGCGGCGGCGGAGGCGGCAGAAGAAUUAGAGGAAGUAAAAAGGAUAGAGGAGCAACUAGCCGCCCAGACUGAACUCCCGGCCCAAAUGCGAGUCAUAGCUCGAAAUGUUGCACGCCUGGCACGAAUUCAGGCGGAGCAAUAUGACUUCAGUAGGAGUCAACACAUAGCUGUGCGUUCAAUAAAGUUGGGGUUUCGAGAAUUUGCGCGCGAGCUGGUAGGCGCUGUAGGAACCGAGGUGGGCCACCGCCUCGACAAGACCGAGCGGUUCUGUGCUGACGCCAUUGAGGGCGUCAAGGCGGCAACCCCCAAGGAGGAGGAAGCACGCCCUCCUUGCCGGGAACCAGUCAAGGUCAAAUUCCCUGAUUCCUACAGUGGAAAAAGGGAAGAGAACUUCAACAACUGGGAAGCUAACGUUAAGACCUGUGUGCACUUGCAACAGGUCUCCCCGGAUCAGCAGGUUCUAAUUGCGAUCCACGCGCUGAGAGAUGAGGCGGCCAAUUUUGCAAGGUCCCUAGUUCGCGCUGCCAACUGUAGUGAUGAUCCGGUUGCGUACUCCUCGCUCAUGUCCCUUAUCGAAUUCCUGAAACUUCUGCGCGAGCGAUUUGCAGACGUCGCUCGCAGUGUUAAGGCCUCAGACAAGCUCCAAACCAUCCAUUCUCGUAAAUGGAAGAGCGCUAGGGCACUCAAGGGUACAAUGGAUGAGUUGGUGGUCGUCCCUGACCAUGGGGUCACAGAGGGCCAAUUGGUCAACCUCUUUUACCGGGCUAUGCCCGAGGCCUUUCGAGGGCAGUUCUUCGCGAAGAGCGAAGAUCCUGCCACCACUUACGAUUCUCUUAGCCGUGAAGUGGUGGCUUUUGAAGCGAAGUCCCUGUCCCUGUCCCUGUCUACCUUCUGGCACAAGGACUUGGACAGGGGAAAGCAAUGGAAAGGCCGCACUAUCUCAGGGCAGGCAAAGACUAAGGACAGCCUUGUCCUGACUUUAGAUAAAGGUAGUGUGGAUGAGAUCCCCUACGAUCAGAUUGAGUGGGGGCUAGAGGAGGAGGACAACGGUGUGGGCCAGGGGAGAUCCUACGCUGCUGUCGCGGCUGGAGGGAGGCCGCAAGGAGGAAGAGGCCAGGGCCAAAGGGGCCGGGCCUCAGGGAACCGAUUCCAGGGCGAUCAGGGGGUUGGCGGCAGAGGAGGAAACCUCCAAGCGGGAGGCAGGGGUCAAGGCCGGUGUCUAGACAGCUGUCCCGAAACUGCUUGUGUUAGAGUUUCGCUAGACACCUCCCUCACAGGCGUGGCCGAAGAGUUGAAGGAGAGGAUGCCCGCCUGGGCCAAGAUGAAGAAGGAGAAUAAAGGGCAGCUUAUAUUGCUAGAUACAGAGAUUUUUAGAAGUAGAUUAGGGGCCCUAGUAGACUCAGGGGCCACUCGCAGCUAUAUUAGUAGGAAAGCGCUGCAAAAGUUGAGGCUGGGACUUAAAGUCCAGAAACUGACAGACCCCAUAGUUAGUAUCCUCGCAGACAAUCGCACUAUGGUUGUAGAGGAUUACGUAGAGGGAGUCCAGGCGUAUUUCCGCCUAGAGAAAGAUGGGAAAGUGGAAAAGAUUCUCCACUCCCUGACUCUCCUCGUACAAGACAGCCUCCCCUUUGAUAUUGUGUUGGGAAUGGAUUGGGGGGAGGCAGUCGGGGCAACGCUCCAUCUGAAGGAGCAUGAGUGUAGGGUCCCUAGUCCUGCAGGCGAGGCUAAGACUGCCCGCCUAUUCCAUGUGUCAGGAGUAGAGAAUUCCUUGGCGCAUUGCUGCCUUAGUGCCCCCGCAUUCGCCAGAUUGGUGAAGAAGGAGGAACUAGAGGAACAGGUCUUUGUUGCCUAUGUUAGGCCAGUCACUGAGCCUACGGAGGACAGGCCGAUGGACCCUGCGAUUGCCAGGCUGCUGGAAGAGUUCAAGGAUCUAACCAAGCCGCCGAUAGGAGUAGUACCGCGGCCCAUCCAGCACCGCAUUGAGAUAGAGCCUGGCAGUAUAACUCCUAAGGGCGCCGUGUACAGGAUGUCCCCACGGGAGUUAGAGGAACUUCGCAAGCAGUUAGACGAGCUCCUCGAGAAGGGUUGGAUUAGGCCCAUUUCGUCUCCUUUCGGAGCACCUGUCCUCUUUGUUCCUAAGAAAGAGGGAGAGUUGAGAAUGUGCAUAGACUAUAGGGGUCUGAAUGCGAUUACAGUGAAGAAUGCUGAGCCAYUGCCAAGGAUAGACGAUCUUUYAGAUCGAGUGCAGGGGGCCAAGUAUUUCUCCAAGAUAGAUUUAAAGUCCGGAUAUCAUCAAAUAGAGGUACAUCCUGAUGAUCAGUAUAAAACAGCCUUCCGGACUAGAUGUCAUAUCGUCUACGACCCUCCGUUCACGUCAUCAACAUCCUCCAGAUCAUCAGUGGCUCUCCGUCAGGGUCUUCCGCGAUGGGUAGGUCCUGUUGAGUUUCCUGUAGUGUAUAUCGACGGCCAGAAGGACAGUGAGAAGAAUCUGGAAUCGGCAGGGCUGGCAAGGGGUGUGAACGCAGAAGAGGGGGAGAACACUACAACCAUAAGGGCCGAGGCAAUGGAGGCUAAGGGGAAGAGGGAAAGUCUCAGUGAAGGAACAAGGCCUUUGGACAAGGUGGGAAUGGUGGCUGCUAAGUUCGAGCGUCAGUUGACGUCAUUCCUAUUGAAAGGCUCGGGACGGAUAGAUCUUCCACCGAAUGCAAAAGAUAGAUUCGUGGAGUUGAUGAGCACGAUAAAAGAUGGGGUGGAAUUCGUCGAACAGCCUAGAAUGGAUGACCUCUCUCUCUCUCCUGAACCUGUUUUGUCCGGUGGUAACCCCGACGAUCCCAUAUGGCCUUUCACAUCAUCAUUUGCAUCCCAGGGAGGAUCGCACAGGGAGUCGCAUAGGGAGUCGCACAGGUUGUCGCGCAGGGAGUCGCGCAGAGAAUCGCUUUUGUCUCCUAGAGCUGAACGAAAGUCGCUGAUCAUGAAGUUUGUGUCACCCGAGGAAGCAUGCAGAAGGGCAAUCAUUCUCUUCAUUCUGACAUGGGACCCAAAGGAAGCAGUGGGUGUGGAAUUGUUCGCCAGUUAUGUUGAUCCAUUACGGUUGCUCGAGCAAUCACCCUUUCUCCCAUGGUCAGGCCGAGCUCCCAUCCCAGGUUCAGAAGCACCAACCACCCAAGCAACUGGUGCUGCCUUCACGAGAGGGGAAGCGAAUAGUGUGCCUCCUGCAGCCAAUCUGAAGAGAGCAGAGGAUUGGACAAAUGUACAGUCAUCACAUGUCGAGAAAAGUGCGAAGAGAACAGAUGCUUCUCCAAUGCUUGGUCCACAGGGUUUUCAAAGACAUGAGGAGGGGAGGGAAAAACAUAAGGAACCGGAAGAGGAGAAGGUGGUGGAGGUAGAGAGGGAGAAACGCAAGGAGAAGGAAGAGAAGGAAGAGAAUGUAGGAGAGAAGGAAGAGAAGAUGGUAGAGAAAGAGGAGGAGAAGGGGAAGCGCACAAAGGGCAAAAAGGCGAUUCACAAGGAAGCAUCCAAGGAGAAAAAGGAUUCAUUGCACAAACGCUUGGCAGUUGUCGACAAACGCCAGAUGGAGAACGCUGGUCUUAUAUUCUCAUUAGUAGAUGAGAGUGGUAUGCUUAGCACUGGAUUCGUGCCAAUGAAGAUGGCACAUAAUGCAAGGCCUUCUGCUCGCACCCAGCGAAGGGGACGGGCAAGCAUGAACAGUCUGAAGAGGCUCAGUAAUCAGUACAUGAGGGCCCUUCGCGAGAAGAAGAGGUCUCCUCUUGACAGGUUGGCAGGUCGUGCCGGAAAAGCCACUGAUCUUGCGAAAACGACAGUUCGUCCAGCAGGAAAGGUCGUUUCUAUCCCAUCAAAAUGGCCUCCAAGCGACUUCGCUGAAGGCAACCUAAAUCUGAUCUCACUGAGUUCAUUGUCUGUUGUCGGGCAGGCUUCACCGGAGCUCAGGAAAGACCUUGACGCUCCCUUCGCAAAGGCAGACCAGAGGCUGGGAUUUGCUGAUGCAGACCAGGCCAUGAGACUUCAAGCUUUUCUAUCCGAUUACGUGGAAGCGGAUACUGCCAAAGAGCCCAUGUCAGUGUCCGAACAUCCAUCGGACAGGGUCGCACGAGCUGGCGAAUUGCAUGUCGGCGAUCUUCUCAGUCACCCGAGGGAGAGCAGUCUGAACGACCAUCUAGAUACACAAGACCUUGAAGCUCAAGGACUACCUGGUCAUCGACUUCACCCUCGAGGAGAGAUAAGCAAGCUGGAUCUUUCUGGCGUCACCAUAACUACCGGAGUUCAGAGAGCGGAGGAGGUUGGUGGUGGUGGCCAGGAAGGCCUCAGCACAUGGAGAAGCGUAGAGUUUCCUGCUGAAAUGACGAGUGUUCCAGACACAGCACAGAAGCCACCGAAGAAGAGAACCCCUGCGCUCACGAAACAGCAAGGCAGAAGGAGGAAGAGUGGGGCCUCUGCAGGUGUCAAACCUUAUCAGGAAAGGUAUCCAGGACUUAGGAAAAGGAUAAUGAAGAGUUUUAAGCCGAAGACUGAACACAGAAGUGGCGCAGAUGACAGCGCUCUGUCCGUAGAGCUGCAGCCGCUGGAUGACAGCAAAAAGCCACAGGAUUCGCAUCUUGCAUUUGCAUCGCCAAGCGAUGGGACGCAUGACAGUAGGAAGAGAUUGAUAAUGCCCCACAGUUCACACUCGACAGAAGUCGUCCCGUCGGCGCAGGAUAACCUAAUUGACUCCUCAUUUGACUUUCCAGAGCAGGCAAUUAGUGAUAGCAAUGAACUGGAAACUCGAUGGAAUCAAUCGGCGUUGUUGAAUCAGCAGGAGCAGCAGGAGCAGCAACUGCCAAGUGCACUUCUCUCAGCGGCAAGUAUGAGCAUGGAACAUGGAAACGGUGUUGGUUUCUUCACGGCGCAGACGAUAGGUGGUGAAUCUGGUGAUGGCAUGGAGAGGAUUCCUUUUUCUGUUGACACCAACAGUGAACAGAAUGUGGCCAAAACCGAGAGCGAACUCGAAGGACCGUUGUACUAUCUGGAGGAAAGCAACGGAGAUGCACCAGCAGUGCCACCUAGCCCAACAAAUGCAAAGUUGUAUGUCCCGAAUGUGACCUUCAGGUCCGUUAUCCAGUGGUCCCAAGAGGGCCCAUCCUCUCCAGCUGCUGCUUUGGCGGCAAGUGCAAUAUUAGUUUCUGAGGCAGCGGUCAAUGAAGUUCCAUCCCAGGGUCCUGGGCGUGGAGCUCCUCUUGUCUCACCGACAAGGAGACCUCUGUCAAGUCCUAUUCACAGACCAGGAUCCCGAUCCGGAAGAUCCUUAUCUCCUGGCCGUGGAGGUUCACGAGCCAGGCCUUCAAGUGAAGAUGCAAUUAGUCCAAUAAGAUCCUUAUCUCCUGGCCGUGGAGGUUCACGAGCCAGGCCUUCAAGUGAAGAUGCAAUUAGUCCAAUGAGAAAACUUGGGAGUAGUAAUAGUACAACGGGAAUAGAUGCCACCGCUUUCCACCGUCAUCCGAGCCGGCAGCGUCUGAGUCAACGCAUUUGCCAAUCGGAACAACACCAUCGCGACCAUCGUGGCCACAGUGAUUACGGGGACGAUCACCAUCACCGCUACCAUUACCAUUACCUCAAGCACCAGCAUGAGCGUCGCCACGGAAGACUCCGCCCAAGUUCAGGUACAUCCUCAUCUAGUCCCAAUGUGGGCCAGCCAUCAGAGGUGGUGCCAGUCCCACAGCUGAAGUCAUCAGAUAGCGGUUACCUGGGGAGCGAGAGGAUUAAGCGAGAUCGUGCCGGAGAUGCAGGAAAGCCCCUGCCAGCGCCCCCACAAUUGCGUGACAUGCAGCAAAGGGAUAGCCAUGCUCAACCAGCGUUUCCUGCGAUAAAAACACAACCUCGCUCAGCCUCGGGGCAAGCAAGACAACUGCUAGACCUCGCUGUGCAGCAACUCCUUGGAGCGGAUGCAGGAGCCUCACCCGCGUUAAGUCCACGUCGACCUGACCAUCCAUAUGGCGACGAGAAUGGUGAUAUGGACAAUGAUAUGGCCGAUGAAGAUUCGCGCGAAACACUUGAAGCAGAUCUGCGUGGGCUGCCUGAAAUCUGGGGACAGCGGAAGAAACUGAGCAAAAAGAAGACAGAAUAUGGGAAGACAAAAAAUGAUGUGGCAGGGUUCCGGGAGCACUUAGAAACUUUGGCACAGUUGGCGGUGUCCAAAAGAGAGAAAGAGUUGCAGAGAAUGCGAGAAAGAAUCAUGGAAAUAGUAAAGGCGGCACGUGAGCAGAGGAGUGCCCAAUUCGAUUUUGAAAAUUGUUAUGAUAAUAAUUUUGAUCACGAGGACGAGGCAGAAGCCACCGAGGAAGGCAUGCAGCCUGCAGAAUCUGAAGACACCACACAACAGAAGCCUGAGCUUUCUUGGAAUUCGGAACCUGACGGGGGACUGCAACCGGCCGCAGAGUCUAAGCUGUCGACAGGUGUGGAAACCGGUCCACAACACUCAGUUGGUGCCACCCCGGUGGGGGAGGAGGGACCUGAAAAGCAACCAGGAAAGAUAGUGCGCAUUGCGCUACCGAGCAUUUGGAUGCUGAAAGCGCACGCCAUGAAACAGUGGCAGGAGCAUCUAACAAACAGGGAGACGUAUGAUAAGGACAUCUUUAAAGCAAGGCAGGCCACCGAUCGCAAAUCAGUUCAAGAUAUGAGGCAGAAAAUCAUGCUUUAUAAGAAGGUUUUCUGCCCGUUUGUCCGAAAUGAUGCUGCAUUCUCUCAGAGCUUCUUGCAGCAUGUAACUGCAUUUCAGUUGGCAAUUACAGGAGCCCAACAUCAGCAUAGAAAGUGAGACUUCCACUCCUCUCUCUCUCUCUCUCUCUCUCUCUCUCUCUCUCUCUCUCUCUCUCUCUCUCUCUCUCUCUCU